GGUCACGUGAAUAGGUUCAAAGUUGAGGGUAACUACUGGAGCUGGAAACAUGGCGGCUGUGUUGCUGCGCAGAGCUCUCCGUGUUGAGGCUGCAGAGCGGGUCGUGCUAUGCGGGUCGGCGGGAGCUCUUCGCGGCUUCUCACAGCAGCAUUUACCCGCCGUAAUGACGCGCUGUCCUUGGACCAGAACUCCCGCAGCAGCAGCGUCGGUGCGACACUACAGCUCCGAACUAAAGGACGACCUCCGUGUAAGAUAUUUAGACGGAGCUGACCAGGGUAUUGUUGUCAUUGGACUAAAUAGGCCAAAAGCCAAGAAUGCCAUCAGUAAAAAUCUGGUCAAAUUGAUGUUUGAUGCUGUGGAGGACAUUAAGAAGAAUAACAAAGUGCGCAGUGUUAUUUUUUGUAGUUUGGUUCCUGGGAUCUUCUGUGCAGGUGCAGAUCUAAAAGAAAGAGCUAAGAUGCAUCAGAGUGAAGUGGGACCAUUUGUGUCUAAAGCCAGAGCCUUGAUCACAGAACUGGGUAACCUGCCUGUACCAACCAUUGCUGCAAUUGAUGGAGCUGCGUUAGGAGGAGGUUUAGAGAUGGCUCUGGCUUGUGACAUCAGAAUUGCUUCCGAUACUGCAAAGAUGGGACUUGUGGAAACUAAACUUGCCAUCAUUCCUGGAGCAGGUGGCACACAGCGUCUCCCCAGGAUCGUGGGUGUGUCUUUUGCGAAGGAGCUCAUUUUUGCUGCUAGGGUGGUCGAUGGUACAGAGGCACUACGAGUGGGUCUGGUCAGCCAGGCUGUGGAGCAGAAUAAGAGCGGAGACGCAGCCUACCUACAGGCUCUGGAGCUGGCUCGUGAAAUCAACCCUCAGGGCCCCAUUGCAGUGAGGAUGGCAAAACUUGCAAUCAACCAGGGAACCGAGGUGGAUUUAUCCACAGGCCUAGCCAUUGAGGAGGCAUGCUACGCCCAGGUGAUACCAACUAAAGACCGUUUGGAGGGUUUGGCUGCUUUCAGGGAGAAGAGGAUUCCUCAGUUCAAGGGCGAGUGAGGCUACGCUGACAUAAUCUGCCCCCGAGUUCUGCCUUCAGUUCUGCUGCUUCCAACAUAACAAUGUGUGACAGUGUACAAGUCAACACAUUAACUGUGAAGAAAUCUGAGUGCAGGACAACACACCUCGAUCCUGGCCCGUGUUUCAACUAACAACUUAGCAAUUGGUUUCUGCAAGUGAACUCACUCAGCAGCAGCCACUGCUUACAAUGAUUUACAUUUAAAAACAUAAAGCUGAAGUCACUGACAACAGCCUUCUACACCAGUAAAAGCUGUGGGGAGCCAUUCACAACUGCUGUAAACUGUGCAUCUGAGGAUGAACCUCAGUGUUUGGGUUUUUAAAUCAUGUUUCGUUACAUCACAGUGAGAGGAACAGUGAAUCAGAUCAUCACCUGUAUGGGUCAUCGUUGUUUCACUGCAGAUAGUGGAUAUAUGAAUUCUGCACAUUCACACACACAUACCUGUAACAGACAUGACCUCUGUGCCGUGUCAUCACAUCCCAAGUGAAAAUGGCUGUAUGUAAAGGUGUCAGUAACCAGGGCGAGAAAUGAUUGGAAACUAUAUAUCAUGAGCCAUUUUAUUAGGGACGUCUGGAUACAGCUUCAUAUCUGAUACCAAUACUACAACCUGGAGUUCCUGCAGACACUGAUACCAAAUCCUAUACGUUUUUUCUCCACUCUUGUUAAUAAUCAUUUAUCAUCAACAACUUAAGUCUAUGUACUACAUGUACUUUGUAUGGAUGUACUCAAUAAAGACA